AUGACGCACACAGAGAAAGAAGAGUCCACGAACUGUCUGGACCCACAUCCUGGACUCCAGCUGUGUCUCCAAGAGACACCACCGGAUACAGAGGCUCAACACAACAGGAGGAUGUCACUGCAGGUUCAACAAGGACUGAGGACUCUCUCUUUAGUGAUAUGGAUCUGGAUGCUGGUCAAUCCUCAGCCGAGCGCUCUGGCUUACUUCCUCGGGAACACAAAGGUUGUGCUGCAGGGCUGUGAGGAGAGCUGGAGGCUUCAGGAGAGCGCCGUGUUCCCGCUGCUGCAGCGGAUGACGGUGUGUGUGAACGUGCGUGUGCUGAAGCCCGGAGCCUGGAGCGCCUUCACCUACAGCUCGGUCCACGGCCUGAUGCCAGAGCUGGGGCUGCAAGGCGACGACAAGGCCCUGUACGCCUGGCUCCUGAGGGUCAAACACCGCUUCCCCAUCAGGCUGUCGCAGCAGGACUGGCAUCAGGUGUGUCUGCGCAGGGACGUGCCCAGCAGCUCCUUCAGCCUGCAGGUGGACGGUGAGCUGGUGGGGCACAGGGUGGUGAUCGCUGGGGCCAUCCCCUCGGCUGGCUCUCUGUGGCUGGGCUGUGGGCAGCAGGAAGAGUCUGCCACAACUGCCCUGGGGCAAGUGGAGCUCUACCUGUUCAGAGUGUGGGCCGAUGUAGAGCAGCACGAGGCCUGCGAGGAUGGCUCUGUGAUCGGCUGGUCGUCUGAGUACUGGGGAGAGAGCAGCACCAAGGCCAGCGAGAGGGACCACCUCCUCCCCUGUGGAGUCUCAGGCACCACAGCAUCCCCAGUUCCCUCCAAAAGUCUGAACUGUUCCAUCCACCAGCUCUGCUCCACUGACCAUGCCUACUACUGGAUACCGGUCUCUUUGAUGGAAAUCUGGUCUGAAAAGGACAUUCAUGAAUUAGUUUCCAGUGUUUUCGUCUGCGAUGGUUCAAAGAGGCCUGCGGCUCAGAGCAGAGCGGAGCUGGAUGUGUUUUGUCUGGACGUGGAUCACGUUCAGGUGCAGAGUGUGUCCUGUCGCAAAGAAGAAGGCUGGAGGCUGACUCAGUGUGGGGUCCUGCUGCAGCUCAGUCCUGUCCUGUCUGUUUGUAAAGUGCGACGAGCGGCUGUCUCUGCACUGCAGCAAACCAUCGUGACAAUCACAGGAGCCGUGGAGAGAGUGGGUCCAAAUCUGUGUGAUGGCGUGGAUCCCUCUAGUGGCGGCUUUGUGACCUGCUCGUCCAGUUUGGAAGAAAUGUGUCAAUCAAAAGAGCAAACAAGUGUGACAUGUAAUCCGCUGGAGCCAGACCAUGUCCUCAAUAAAGUGACAGCAACGGACUCCUGCACAAAUGAAGACACACACUAUUGCAGCUGUGACGCAUUCUGCCAACAUCAAAAUCAUUUCUAUUCGCAACAGCUAGAAGUUACAGACAUUAACGUUGAUACCAAAUUCCUCCAAAACAUGUUGACAAACCAAGUGAUCAAGGCGUGUGGUGCGAGGCCAAACUUACAAUGCAUCAAAGCUUUAGAUGUGCUGAAAAAACAAGGACUCAAGAAAACAUAUGUGAACUGCCAUGAGAUAGAUCAAAGGUCUUACAGCUGCUCCAUGAUACUGGAGAUGACCAACGCCAUCGCAGACUGCUCAGUGCCCGCAGUGUUUCACUCUCUCAUCAACAGCGCAGGAGGAGUCACCACAAAGGGCCCUCUCAGUCACAUCGUUGUGUGCGGCGAUUUUCAAAAGAUUUCUGAUAAGUUGCUGACCUCGAAUCUGACCUGGUUUACAAGUUCCCUAAAGACGUCCGACAUUUGUGAAGAAGGUCAAACUAACCUUCAAUGCCGCCCCAAUGAAAACCUUGCCGUGGUUUUGAGUGACACCUGCCAAUCAGAGGAGACCAUGACUUUGCCCCCAGAAACAACAGCUUACAACAGUGUCGCCAAAAAACCCAGUGACGAACAACGCAUCAACAAAUACUACUACUACUACUACUACUACUACAACUACUACAAGCAUAAAGACAUCCAACACUACUGCAAUAGUGACCAAACUACGGCAAGUACAGAGGAACCUACAACGAGAAAUGUAGCACAGAUCAAUAACACACUUGAGGUGACGACUCCUGGAACGUCUCAAACCUCCACAACAUCAUCAACCGCUGGAACUACACCUCCUUAUGGAUCGGUUUCCAUGACUACGGCAGAGCAGACCACACUAUCUCAACAACAACAAGAAGAGGAGGCCGACAACCUUCUGUCUGAAACUGAGGAUGUAUCUCAGCUCAACUCGACACAGGUGUGGAAGUUAGUGGGGCAGCUGGAGGGUCUGCUGGAUGGUCCUUCUGUGUCUCAGAGUGUGGGGGAAAAGGCUGUAAAUAUAAUCAGCAACCUCAUGGAAGGAGACGCCCAGGCUCUGUCUGCCUCUGCCAACAGGUUGGUUCGGCUGGUGGAUGAUCUGGGGCUAAAGCUUGUCGUUUCUGGUGAAAAUGAAAUCCUGUCGUCCUCGUCACUGGUUUUGGCCGUGCAAACUGUGGACGGAAGUGACUUUUCAUCAACCACUGCCAACAUCUUCAACACUGAUAAUGUCCAGAUAAAUUCUGGCAGAACCAGGUCGACUGCCGCUCCUCUGGGCUCAGUCCGUCUCCCGGCGUCUCUCACUGAAGACCUGAGUCCAGAGGAGCAGGUCUGGGCCAGCAGAGUCCAGUUCAACUUCUACACCAAGAGCACUCUCUUCAUGGAUACAACGCUGAAUGAGCAUACAGUGGUGAGUCCUGUCCUGGCCUCCAGCCUCGCCAACGUGUCCAUAAGAAACCUGAGAGAAGACAUCAAAUUCACCAUAAGACAUACGCCCAUACACAAAAACCAUUCGCUUUCUUGUGUGUUUUGGGACUUCACAGCAAAUGGAGGAGCUGGAGGGUGGAGCAACGCUGGCUGCAGUGUGAUCAGUGCCACAGCGGACGACACCACCUGCAGCUGCAACCACCUGACGUCGUUUGCGGUUCUCCUGGACUUGUCCAGAGAGGGAAUGAUCGACCGCCAACACGCUCAGCUCCUCACUUUCAUCACAUACAUUGGCUGCGGCGUCUCGGCCAUCUUUCUGUCUGUCACAAUUCUCACAUACCUCGCAUUCGAAAAGCUGUUGCGAGACAUUCCGGCCAAGAUCCUGGUUCAGCUCUGCACGUCUCUGCUUCUUCUGAACCUGGUGUUUUUGAUUGACGGCUGGUUGGCUCUGUUUACAGCGAAUGGACUAUGCAUUAGCGCCGCCUUCUUCCUGCACUACUUCCUGUUGACUUCGUUCACGUGGGCGGGGCUGGAGGCUCUGCACAUGUACCUCAGUAUUGUGCGCGUGUUCACUCCGUAUUUAAGCAAUUACAUGGUGAAAUUCUCCAUCAUGGGCUGGGGUAUUCCUCUGAUUGUGGUGAUUGUAAUAAUUGCUGUGGACAAGAACAACUAUGGCCUGGUCUCAUAUGGAAAAUACACAGAUGGAACUUCAGAUGACUUUUGUUGGCUGCGUAACGACUUGGCCUUCUACAUUGGAGUGGUGGCCUACUUCCUGCUGAUCUUUGCCUUUUGUCUGGUGGUGUUUGUGGUGGUCCUGGUUCAACUGGCUCGCAUCAAGCGGCAGAACCCCCAGAACCAGUCUCCAAAGCGGGGUCUUCUCUCCGACCUGCGCAGCAUCUCUGGACUGGUGGUUCUGCUGGGUUUGACAUGGGGCUUCGCACUGUUCGCUUGGGGACCUCUCUACUUACCUUUUGUCUACCUCUUCUCCAUCUUCAACACUCUUCAAGGUUUCUUUAUCUUUGUGUUCCACUGUGCCAUAAAGGAGAAUGUCCAAAGACAGUGGAGGACGUAUCUGUGCUGUGGUAAACUGAGGCUGGCAGAAAACUCAGACUGGAGCCGAACGGCCACUCACACUCGCAAAGCCACGUCCUUCACCGUGAUAUCGUCUUCGGCUGCUCACUUGGCGUCCAGCAGCAGCUCUGUGGUCAGCGAGGCCAACAGCAGCGGCUCGGUGUACGCGGACAGUGGAAUCUUUGACGAAUCCAACAGUGAUGUGGUUUUAAAUGAAAUCCACAGACGGAACAUGACGAGGCAGGCGCAUCUUUGA